AUCCCGCCCCCUUGCUAGUCCGCCUGCGAGUCGCACAGAAACAGCAGCGACGACCGUUGGGGGAAGAGAGUAAAUAGACGCCUCAAGAUGGCUGACUCACUGGGCUCAGCUUCCCUCACUGGAGCUGCGGCUACUGCGGUAGCCCCCACGGUCGCGCCUGUGAAAAGCCCGCACGUCAAGCCGACCGAGGCGAAGGGAGCCCCCGAUAACCGCUCCCAGUCUUCGCAGGAUUCCGACCCGCCACCGCCGCCGCCCAAGAAGGUCCGAAUCGAUGAGAAGAGUGUGAAGCCCAAGAAACUCAGCGGAGUGGGAGGCAACGGUAGCGGGAAAGAGAAACUCCAGCAGCCCCCGAAACAGCAGCAGAGUUACGGCAGCAGCGGCGGCACGGCUGUGUGGGGCUUCAGUACUGGUGGGACUCAAACACCGACAAAAGUCCUAAAACAGAGCGAUUUCUUCCUCCACAAAGCGCCUUCGUCCACCCCCAAGAAACCAAGUAAAGACAAGCAGCGGGAGAAGGACAGGGACAAGACGGGCAAAGGAGGCGAAGACGAGAAAAAGAAGCAUAAACUGGUGUUGACCUCCGCACCCGCGAGUAACGUUAGCAACAACAACAACAACAACACGAACGCUAUUAGCAAAUUUAAUUACAUUUCUGCAGUGAAGAGGGAGAAUGGAGAGGUCACGCUGCCACCCAAAGAAAACUCCACCAAGGACAAGGCAAAGGAGCGGGACCGAGAGGAGCGAGAGGAGAAGAAGGUCAAAGACAAAGCGAGGGAAAAGGGGAAGAAGAAGCACAAAAUGAUGAACGAGAUCAAGAGGGAGAAUGGAGAAGUCCAGCAGCCGAUUAAAGAUGAAAAAGAGAAACCCAAGAUCAACGCGGAGGAGCUACAAAUCAAAAAAGUGAAGAAGAAAAAGAAAAAGAAACACAAAGAGGGGGAGAAGCACAAACGAGUGAAGAUGUACCACCGCUCCUGCCAAACCGUUUGUGCCGGCCUGCUUUCCACCUCACCUUCCCUGUCCUCAGAUCUCAAGCACAAUUCCUCUCUGUCUCCUUUCAAGACGCCGCUACCGGUUCACCCGUCACUCAACAACAAGACCUCACACAUGCCCCCCUCUCCUCCUCCUCAUCCUCUCGCCUCAAAAUCACUCUUAAACUCCUCUUUCCACAACACUACCGACUCCCUUUCUUCCUCCGCCACCAAGAAACUGCUAACUUCCACAACCAAACAACAGCCUGAGAGCGUGCAUCCCGGUUUGGCCGGUCUGGAAUUCGCCUCGUACAUCCACAUAGAGAACCAGCCUAAUGGAGGGGCGCUGGUGGCCCAUGCCUACACUUCACAGCUCUCCACUCUGUCGACGGUCCAGAGGCACAGAUUUGCCGAAGAGUUUGUCACCUUGGCGUUCCGCGAGGACUCAUCCCAGGCAGCUCAUUUCGUCAUGGCAAUUGUCCACGGAGACGCCAGCUACCUGCCUGAUUUCCUGGACUACUUCUCCACCAAGUUCCCCGCAGUGCCAGUCAAAAUGGAAAUACUGGGGAAAAAGGACAUAGAAACUACAAAUAUGGCCAAUUUCUACUCUCAGGUGAAGAAGACGUACAGUAACGGCACAUACAGAGCCGGCGCCAUGAGACAGAUCAGCCUCGUUGGAGCCGUGGACGAGGAGGUCGGGAAUUAUUUCCCAGAAUUCCUCGGCAUGCUGGAGGAGUCGCCCUUCCUGAAGAGAACCCUUCCAUGGGGAACGUCCUCCAGUCUGAGUCUGAUGAGUCCCACGGAGAGCGACGACGGUCCCAUCAUGUGGGUCAGACCAGGGGAGCAGAUGAUACCUGUGACCGAUAUACCAAAGUCUCCGUUUAAAAGAAAGCGCUCCACCAACGAGGUGAAGAACCUGCUGCAGUCGCUGCCCAGGACGAGCGAGCCUCGGGAGAUGCUGUUCGAGGACCGCACUCGGGCCCACGCCGAUCACAUUGGCCAGGGCUUUGAGCGUCAGACGACGGCGGCUGUCGGAGUCCUGAAGGCCGUGUGUGGAGACGGCUCGGAGCCUCCUCGAGUAACCAAAGACGUUGUGUGUUUCCAUGCCGGUGAUUUCAAUUAUGUAGUUCAGAGGCUGCAGCUGGACUUAUAUGAACCUCCGCUGUCUCAGUGCGUGCAGUGGGUGGACGACGCCAAACUGAACCUGAUGCGCCGCGAGGGCAUUCGCUACGCUCGCAUCCGCCUGUGUCACAACGACGUCUACUUCAUCCCCCGCAACGUGGUCCACCAGUUCAAGACCGUGUCCGCCGUCUGCAGCCUGGCGUGGCAUGUGCGAUUAAAGCAGUACCACCAAGGAGAGGGAGAGGUGGAGGAGGAGAAGCCGCUUCAGGUGAAGGCAGAGGAGGAGGAGGAGGAGGAGGAGGCAGAGGCAGAGGCAGAAACGGCAGGUUUGGUGCAAAAGAAGGAGGCGAGGAGAGAAAGGAAGAGUGAGAAAGGAGAGAAGGAGAAGAUAAAAGUAGAAGAUGAAGAGGUGGAGGUGGCAGAAAGCAGGACGUUGUCAGCUGCCGUAAAGGAGGAGCAGGAUUGUCACCUUCCUCCUCCUCAACAUCCACCUCAGGUGCUUCCGUUCGUGCACUCAAAGUACUCUGUGUGCAGCACUAAAGACAAAGUGGAGGAGACUGACGAGAGAGUGAAAGGGGGAAAACACAAACGGCAGGAUUCACCUCCUGUUAAGACAAAGACAGAUUCUCCAGCGCCUCCUGUUUGCAAAAAUAAAUCACCGUCGCCUCUUCCUCUGUCUCCUCUUUCCUCUCUCCAUCCUCCUUCUCACCAGGACGUAAAACCAAAGGCGUCUUCAAAACCUCAUCACCAUCAUCACCAUCACUCAGAGGGCAGGAAGACGUCGUCCUGUUCAGAUCGCAAAUCACCUCUUUCUCCGUCUUUUUCGAAGUUCUCUCACUCCUCCGUGCCGUCAGCUGGAUCCACCGAUUCUCCGUUCUGCUCCUCCUUUGCUUCUUCCACUUCCACCACUCCUCUUCUAUCCACGUCCAGCGCGUCUUUCAUGAGUUGUCCCAAACCUGCGCCGAACUCCACUUUUCCCACCCUCCCUCCUCCUUCCGCCGUCUUCUCAUCUCAACGGACGCCUCCUCCCUCUCGCGAGGACCAACCGCCCGCGAGAGUCGCCGUUCACCCGAGGCCAGACACUCAGUCGGAAACACAGACCCACACACACGCAGACGUGCGGACACACACCUCGCAGUCGGAUACGAGGACACACGUCUCGCAGUCGGACACGAGGACACACGCCUCGCAGUCGGACACGAGGACACACGCCUCGCAGUCAGACACGAGGACACACGCCUCGCAGUCGGACACAAGGACACACGCCUCUCAGUCGGACACAAGGACACACGCAGGCGCCGACGCGCGCACACAAACGCUCUCAGAGCAAUGGACUCACGGUCUGGACGCGCAGAUCCGCGCGGCGCAGGACGCGGCGAGGCAGGGGAGUUACAUGCAGCAAUACGCGCCCCAGCAUCUCCCACCUCCUCACCCUCCUCCUCCUCACCUCCCUCAGAUGCUCCCCCCUGCCUUCUCCCCUCUCCUCCCGCACUCCCACCACCUGCCCCCGAGUCCACUGUCCACCCAUCCAGUUCACCACAUGAGGCCGCACCACCUGCCUCCACUGCACCAGCCCAGCAUCACCACACAGUCCCAGCCGCAUACCAGCCCCUAA